GGUCGCGGGGCCGCGCGCACACCGACUGGCCCGAGUGCCGUGCCGUGUGUUGACGUGUGUGAGCGCGAGUGUUUGAGUCUCAAGUGCAGCCCCAGCGCGGCGCAAGGCGUGCUGUGCGUGACAGCAGCGGGGCGAGGGCUGAGCUGAGCCGCGGACAGGGCGACUGUCAGGUGCAGCGUGUCGGAGCCAUGGGCGCCGGACAAAAAGUACUGCCCAACAAGGGCUGGCUGGACUUGGCGUUCGACGGCGGCGGCUUCAAUCGGAAGUGGACGAUCCUCGACAACGGGGUGCUCUGGGUGUACAGGGACAGCCAGGAUGGCCGUGCCGCCGAGCACGUGCUCCCGCUGCACGACGCGGAGGUGCAUUUCCCUCAGUCGUCGACGCCGACCUCCACGCCCACGACGGAGGCCCUCAUCCUGCACGUUUCGCUGGGGACGGGACCCCGGAGCCAGCGCUUCAGCAUAAGGACGGCGACGGGCGAGGAGUAUCGCCGGUGGACGUCGGCCAUGUUGGAGGCGGCCCAGCUGUGGCACGCUCGCCGACAGAUGGCGUUCAUGGCGGUGCUUCCCGCGGCCGCGGCCCCGGGCGCAGGACGCGCCGGCCAGGCCUCGGGGCUGGCCGAGGGGCGGCGCCUCCUCGUGCAGGGGCUGUCGCUGUUCCUGGUGCAGGUCGGCGAGCUGCGCACCAGGACGCGGCGCGCCGUGACGCGCAACCAGCGCCACGACCAGGACGACAGGGAGCCCGGCGCCGACCUCAACCUGCCGCGCUUCCUGCGUCGCGCCAUCGCGGACGCUGUGGACAAGAUCUGGCGGGCGUGCGGGCGCGCCUACGCUUGCGCGGACGUGCUGGACGGCGGCGAGAACGCCGACCCGCUGGCCAUCUACGACGCGGUGCUCAUCCUGCGCGAGGCGGGGGACGCUUUCGUCACCUACUGCAGCCUGCUCAGGGACCUCCAGGCUAUGCUCCGCGACGGCCAAGAGACCCGGCCGGACGACUCCCUGCCGUUCAGCCCGCUGCGCUGCAUGUCCGCGUUGCGGGACACGCUCUUCAGCCUCUGCCCGCUCAUCGACGUCCCGGAGGAGGAGUGCCGUCAGCGGGCCGCGCUCGCGGCCAUGGACGCGACCCUGCAACGAUGCUUAGCCGAACUGAGCAAGCGACCCCUGGACCAGGCCGUGGCCGGCAGCACGCCGACCGCCGGGGGCGAGCGUGACGCGCGCAACGCGCCCGACGAGGUCGACGCACACAUGGAGCGGACGUCAUCGCGGGGCUCCAGCACGUCUCUGUCGAACUGCGUGCCCUUCAUGGGAAGCCCCGGUGUCCGGCGGCUUGCGUCGCGACUGCAGAGAGACGUGGUUCGCACUUCGGUGCGACGCGCACGUAAGAGGGCGCGGACCGAGGGGCAGGCCCUGCUGCCCGACCAGAGGCUGGACGACUCCCUCGAGAACGCCGCCGACGCCGCUGACGCCGAGGCCCUCGAGAUGACGGUCCUGACCACCGUGUCGCCCAACCCGAGCGAGUCGCCCGAGGUGGUGGAGAUGGACGUGACGUCGCCGGCGCCCACCAAGCCCCAGACGCCGGUCGGCGUCCCGGUGCAGCGCAUGGCGCGGAGCGUGGGCGGCACCUUGGCCGCGAACGUCAUGUACAGCCCGAGAAACGCCGUGCGACGCGGAUGGCAGGACCCCGCGCUGCUACGGCGCAGGCGUCUCAUCUGUUCGGCGGCCGACUGCGACCUGGCCGGCGACAACAUGGAGCAGGACGACGAUGACGACGAGGUGUUCGUCAAGCCCGACGUCCCUCCGCUCAGGAGGGAAGCCCAUGAGGUGAAGGAGAAGAAUGCUGUCCAGGAGGAGCGGAGGGACGACGACACGUUUGACGAGGAUUCGGGGCGGUUCGAGGGACGGGCGCCGUCGGCGAGGGAAGACCUCGGCGUGCUCGACAUCCCCGUCACGCCAGCAACCCCCAACGGCGGAGGCAGGCGCGCCCUGUGGUGCGAGACUCAGGAGGUGCAGCGAAGUGGCCUGCUGGACCGACUAAACACAGCGGAGAGCGCGCUACAGGAGGCCAAGUUCGAGGUGCUGAGCUCCGAGGAGUCGUACCUGCGCUCCCUGGACGUGCUGGCGCACCGCAUGCAGGCCAUCGAGGCCCUGCAGGAUCCCAGCGUCAUCAGUGACCAGGAUAGGGACGCCGUCAGCAAGUUCCUGGACACGGCCCGCGCGUGCUCGAUGCGCUUCGUCAGCGCCCUGCGCGCGCUCUGGUCGCUGGACGUGAUGAUGCGCGGCCUGUGCACGCUCAUGCACAAGGAGUCCAUGCCCGGGGCGUCCCUGCAGCAGUACGUCCUCAUGGUCAGUCUGCAGCCGCGGGCCGCCAGCGUCCUCGGCAAGAUUGGGAGCAUGGAGGCGAGGCAGAUGGUGCCUCUGCUGUCCCUGCCUGCUCAACGAGCCUCCAGACUCCCUCUCCUGCUGGCGGCUAUCCUGCGACGCCUGGACCAACGCACGUCGGAGGCUGUCAUCUGCAGGGCCGCUCUUGACCGUCUCAACCAGAUUGUUUUUGAGUGCAAUGAGGCGCUACGGAGAGCGGAACAAACUGAGAGGAUGGCAGAGUUGGGCAGAAUGUUAGGGGUUGAGAAGUCAGCUUCUUCUAAGAAGCUAUCCUGGAGUGAACGUAAAAAUAAUGUUCUUGGCCGAGCCAAAUCAUUUUUCCACAAAUCCAACAAUAGGUUUGGAACAAAAACUAAUAAAAUAUUGACGUCUACCAGCUCAAUGCUGCAUCUGACUUGAUUGUAGAUCAUGUCUAAGUUAUGAUAUAAAUUUACGCCAGUUCUUGUAUAUUUGUGUCUUUGGAUUAAGUUUUUGACAUGCUGUUAGCAUUUAAAACCUGUAUGUAGUUAACAUUUACAGAUGGCAUCAAUACAUUUGGGUGUUCUUUGCAUGUAUUGUCUGUGAUUGAUGUGGUUGAGUAGGAUUAAAUUAGCUCUGUUAAAUAUAAAAGCACAAAAUCAUA